CGGGCGCCGGUACCUCGGCCCCUCGGCUCGCAGCCCUCGCUGUCGGGCACUGCGGCGGCGCGGAGGCGCGGACCCGCGGACCCGCGGACCCGCGGAGCCGGCAGCACGACAUCCAAAAACAAAACCAUCAGAAUGACACCUUCUCAGGUUACCUUUGAAAUAAGAGGAACUCUUUUUCCAGAGAAACCGAAUUCCGAGGAAAUCAGCAAAAGACAAAGAGAAGUUUUUGCAAUAUGCGGAAGCUGCGAUGCUUUGGGAAAUUGGAGUCCUCAAAAUGCUGUGGCUCUUCUCCCAGAGAACGAGACAGGUGAAAGCAUGUUAUGGAAAGCCACCAUUGUACUAAGUAGAGGAUUAUCAGUUCAAUAUCGCUACUUCAGAGGGUGCUUUUUAGAACCAAAGACUAUCGGUGGUCCAUGUCAAGUCAUAGUUCACAAGUGGGAGACUCAUCUACAACCACGAUCAAUAACCCCUUUAGAAAGUGAAAUUGUUAUCGAUGAUGGACAGUUUGGAAUCCACAAUGGUAUUGAAACUUUGGAUUCUGGAUGGCUGACAUGUCAAACUGAAAUAAGAUUACGUUUGCACUAUUCUGAAAAACCUCCUGUCUCAAUAACCAAGAAAAAGUUAAAAAAAUCGAGAUUUAGGGUAAAGCUGACACUAGAGGGUCUGGAGGAAGAUGACGAUGAUAGGGCAUCUCCUACUGUCCUUCACAAAAUGUCUAAUAGCCUGGAGAUAUCUCUAAUAAGCGACAACGAAUUCAAGUGCCGGCAUUCCCAGCCAGAGUGUGGGUAUGGCUUGCAGCCUGACCGCUGGACGGAGUAUAGCAUACAGACGAUGGAGCCGGAUAACCUGGAACUAAUCUUUGAUUUUUUUGAGGAAGAUCUCAGUGAACCUGUAGUUCAGGGUGAUGCCCUUCCUGGACAUGUGGGUACAGCAUGUCUCUUAUCAUCUACCAUUGCUGAGAGUGGGAAGAGUGCUGGAAUCCUUACUCUUCCUAUCAUGAGCAGAAAUUCCAGAAAAACAAUAGGCAAAGUCAGAGUUGACUAUAUAAUUAUUAGGCCAUUACCAGAAUACAAUUGUGACAUGAAAUCUUCAUUUUCCAAGUAUUGGAAGCCAAGAAUACCAUUGGAUGUUGGACAUCGAGGCGCAGGGAACUCUACAACAACUGCCCAGCUUGCUAAAGUUCAAGAAAAUACUAUUGCUUCUUUAAGAAACGCUGCCAGUCAUGGUGCGGCCUUUGUAGAAUUUGAUGUACACCUGUCAAAGGAUUUUGUGCCUGUGGUCUAUCAUGAUCUCACCUGUUGUUUGACUAUGAAAAAGAAAUUUGAUGCUGAUCCAGUUGAAUUAUUUGAAAUUCCAGUAAAGGAGUUAACAUUUGACCAACUCCAGUUGUUAAAGCUCGCUCAUGUGACUGCACUAAAAUCUAAAGAUCGGAAAGAAUCUGUGAUUGAGGAAGAAAAUUCCUUCUCUGAAAAUCAGCCAUUUCCUUCUCUUAGGAUGGUCUUAGAGUCUUUGCCAGAAGAUGUGGGGUUUAACAUAGAAAUAAAAUGGAUCUGCCAGCAAAGGGACGGAAUGUGGGAUGGCAACUUAUCAACAUAUUUUGACAUGAACAAGUUUUUGGAUAUAAUUUUAAAAACUGUUUUAGAAAAUUCUGGGAAGAGGAGAAUAGUGUUUUCUUCGUUUGAUGCAGAUAUUUGUACAAUGGUUCGACAAAAACAGAACAAAUAUCCCAUAUUAUUUUUGACUCAAGGGAAAUCUGAUAUUUACCCUGAACUCAUGGACCUCAGAUCUCGGACAACUCCCAUUGCAAUGAGCUUUGCACAGUUUGAAAAUCUACUGGGGAUAAAUGCACAUUCUGAAGACCUGCUCAGAAACCCGUCCUAUAUUCAAGAGGCAAAAGCUAAGGGACUAGUCAUAUUCUGCUGGGGUGAUGACACCAAUGAUCCUGAAAACAGAAGGAAAUUGAAGGAAUUUGGAGUUAAUGGUCUAAUUUAUGAUAGGAUAUAUGAUUGGAUGCCUGAACAGCCAAAUAUAUUCCAAGUGGAGCAGUUGGAACGCCUGAAGCAAGAAUUACCAGAGCUUAAGAGCUGUUUGUGCCCCACUGUUAGCCGCUUUGCUCCCUCCUCUCUGUGUGGGGAGCCUGAUAUCCGCAUGGAUGCCAAUGGCAUCGACAACGCGGGGAAUGCUUAGCUUUUACUGCACAGAGGCUGUUUGGGGGCAUGCACCGCUGUUCUGGGUCUUCACUUCUCACUACUGAGCAUUGUUCAUCUAUGCCUUUUGGGUUCCUCAGUCCAAUGAAGCAAUAAUGAAGUAUUUUACUAUUUCUCUACAGUUCUUGCUAGAAUUUCAAGUAUGCCAUUUAAAUCACUUGGCCAGGUAUAAUUACCAGUCAGUCUCUUGACCAUGAGAAGAUUUAUUGGUUGGUAAAUAUUUUAAACUAAAAAUGUAAACCUGUAAUGUUAAACAAAUGCUCAUUAAUAGCAUAACUCUUUGAAAUUAAAUAUAUGACUAUCUCAUCUUUUCGCUUGUUAACAGCUUUUCAUUUGAUCAGGUCUGAAAUCUUUAGUGCUUGAGGAAAAUGGCUACGCAUAGUUAUACCUGACCAUGGGAAAAAUAAGUACCUCAGACGCAUGCGUUUGCACCGGUAAUUCCAACUGCACAAAUCUUCGUGCCAUCUCUGCACAUAUGUCUUUUUACGUGGAUUGACACGCCCGUUUUCCUUCAGUGUGAACCUUGAGAUGCUGCCAUUUCCCGUGUAACCAAACCCAACACCUGUGUAAACAGCCUGGACGUGAACCUUGAACACUUGUUUCUUCACAAGUCUUUCAAAAGUUGUUUCGCAGAAAGGUCACAAUUUCAAAAUGCUGCAGGGUAAUUUAAUGUAAAAUAUUAGUAAGAGGACGUACGUGUUGUAUACUUAGAGUAGGUCACAUGUGUAAAUUCUAUCCGAUGCAUGCUUCAGGGUUUAAGCAUGAGAUGGUACACGUUUACUUAAGUCCUUGCAUCUGUGGUGCUAGGUGAGUGAGAAGGUGCCAAGGACUGAAAAUAUUUUGUUGCCUAAAAGAAAAAGAAAAAAAAAAAGCCUGUUUGUAGGCAUUUUAAAUAUGCUUAUUUUAAGUGUCUCUCACUACCUAUUACACACCGUUGCUUUGUGGAUUUGUUUUGUGAGUGUUGUACAGUAGUUCAGUCUCCACGCAGAAAAAUAAAUGUCCUGAAUUCUCAUAUUGGUAUUCUUUAUUGGUUAAUGUGUAUCAUGCAUGUAAUUUAUUUAGAAAUGUAGAAGAUUCAACUAAAUGUAUAUGCAUGUUUUUUUUUAAGAUUAUACUAAGAUUUCCUUCAUUAGAAGCAGAUUGUUUGGAUAUAACUGUAACUUAAGAACGAAUGUUAAAUAAAAUGACACAGAUUUAUUUUCCUCAUUAUAAAAUGAAAUUUCAAGAAGUUGUUACUUUUAUAGAAUCAGUUUUAUAAUAUUGUUAUGAAAAAUUGAAAUUUAGUGUCUAGCCUAAAGAGCUGGCUUGUUUGCAUCUGCAUUUUACUGCAUGUUAUUUGCUAGGCAGUUUAUUCAUGUCUUGACAGACUUGGGGAGUAGCUGAGAACCGAAGACUUGAAAUUAUAUAUUGUAUCUUUUUUUAUUUUUUAAGCCAAGCAGUACGGUUUUGGCCAGGUCUUAAUUGUGUGAAGAUAGGCCUUGAAAUCGUAUGGUAUUGUUUUGGUGACACUGAUGUUUAAUGGAAAAUAGUUUAGAAAAUGGAGUAUUCUGGAAAGGUUCUGUGUGCUUUUCCCACAUUGAGAUUUUCCAGCAUUUUGGUGUGAAUUAGGUAGUUGUAGAAAACUCUUGAAAAAGCAUUUUUUUUCCUCAUCUGCAGAUCUUAGUACAGUACAAUCACCAUUACGUACAGUAAUUUGAUUGGCCAUAUGUAUGUGUUUCUAAUCCUGUUCCUUUAGUUCACCCUGUGCCCUUCCAGUUCCAGCUCCAUUUUGAAGGUAGAGGGGAAGCAGAUCAUGAAGGGAAAAAAGGGGAAAGCAGAGAGGACGAGGAAAGGAGGUGUGUGGAGUGCGCCUAGGCAGUUUAUGUUUAUUGAGAAGAGCUUACAAUAACUGCUUCGCAUACAGACAGAGCCUCCCUGCUCACUUUUCUAUCUCUUCCUGCCCAUAAGACCCAAUGCUAGUAGAUAAUUAAAAUAUAACAAGCAAUGGCUCUUGAUUUUUACAGGGCAAGUCCAGGCUCUGUGUCACUAGCCACUGCCGUAAACACUCGGCUCCAGCCACACCUACCCAGAAGUCCUCUGCUCCCCACGGACACUUUCUCCCUGCCAAACUCUCAUUUCUGCCUGAGUCGUCAGUUUUGUUUCUUGAGCCCUUGCCAAAGCUUCUUCAGGAGGAACGAAUCAAUCUUUUACUCCAUAGCAUUGUGUUCGUAACCUUGAUCACAUGUGUCACAGAACAUUCUAGAUAGGCGUGGUUAGUGUCUGUCUCAUCUACCAGGCUGUGGGCUCUCCAAGAGCAGCAGCCUUAUUUUAUUUCCACAGUACCUGGAACAUAGCAGAAGAUAACUGUUGGAAUGGUCAGGAUAAUUAAUUCGUAUCAAAUGCCCUUUUGAAUUAAGAGAUUUAGUCAUGUUUACUAGGAAUGUAAACUUUGAAUUGGUUUACAUUUUGAUCAUUGGGGUGGUUUAUUGAUGUCAAUUUUGAAAUGUAGAGGUCUAAUGUUAAAUUAUUUUAUAUUUUUCUGGAACUGAGUGAAAUAUUUGAUAAAAUGCCGCCAUUGUCCUGAUAUUUUCUAGUCUCUGAAAUUAUGUACUGUAACUGGGUGUCAACAUGAGGAACACAGCUCACUCCUGUGUCAGUAGUGCCUGAGAGCUACCACAGCUGGCCUCCUGCCACCCCAUUUACCUCAGUCCCGUUGUUCCCUUGUGACACUCAUCUUUCUUUCUCACCUCCAAGCCCCAUGCUUAGGCCUACCUCAGAACUGCUUAUCUGAAACGCCUUUCUCUGCUGUCCUUCAGUGUCCAGCUCAAGUGCCACCAUCUCCAUAAAACUUUCCUCAGCUUUUGAUCAGUUUCAUGAUAUUCUAAGACGGAAACAAAUGCAGACAGCCUCUAAAUUGCACUACUUCAUUUUGCAGCUGAGGUAAUAAACCCAGAGAGGUUAAAUGACUUACCAGGUUGGGACUAGAUUCUGAGUUUCAUGACUUCUAAUCUGGUGUUCUUAAACUCUGUUGCCUUCUGAAUUCUUGUGGCAUUUGUUAGCAUGUGCUUUCUUAUAGUCCAACUUUUUAUGUGCCUGUUACAUUUCCCUAAUAAGAUUGUGAGCCCCUUAAGGGCAGGGACUUCUUUGCAUUUCCGGCACUAUUAUAGUGCUCUAUACUUAGUUAUGAACUAGAUAAAUAAAUGGUGGUGGCAGCGAUCCUACUUUCCUAACUCAAAUUGUUUGACAGUGUACAUGCAAUUUUAUAUAGCAUGCUUGGCCAUUUUGUUUGGAGUGUGUCAUGUGCAUGUGUGCAUGUUUGCAUGUGGGGUUCUCACUUGUGCCCUGGUUGCUUGGAGUCACAUAUUUGAUGAGCUACCCUAACCAAUGAGCAGAAAGCUGGAAGAGUAGUGGUUAUUAUUCCACUGAUUCAAUUGGAAGAUAUGAUACAGCUUUUCCCCAGGUGUGAUUGCUGCUUCCUGGGCAAUAUACCUAAAUCCUGUCGCUGGUGGACUGAUAGUGAAGAAGGACUGGCUUGACCCUGGAGGGAGGCCACCUCAUUAGUCCUGGUGGACAGUCGUUGCCCUUGCUUCCUCUUCACAGCUGUGACUGGAUUUUGGUGGUCACAAUACUGCUGGUUUGAUAUUCUAGGCUGGAUAAUGGAGUCUGGUUAAUAUAGAUUUAGAUACAACUGGUUUACUUUCUUUUACAUUUUAGCUUUGGGCCAUGUAGUUUUUGGGUGGAAGGCAAAGUAUGUGUCUUAGAAAUAUUGCCUAAUUUUUGUAUUCAUGAUGAGAAAUUCAUUCAAAUAUUACCUCUUAAUGGGCUUAUAUGGUUUGAGAAAUGUAUUUGAAAUGUUAAAUAUAGUGCAAGAGAGUAUAUGAUUAAGGCCAUACAAGUAUGUGUUGGGGGAGUUAAGAAGGAGUGAUUGUGGAAAACCUUCAUGGAGCUCUCAAGCCUUUACAGAAAGGGGUAGACGUCAGCAUCGUUAUGAAACCAGUUUGGGGCACAGCCUGUGUAACCUCUGAGGCCAGGGUAGUAUUUGUGAUGUGUUCAGGUGGAAUGAAGGAGCCAUCCUGACAACAGAGAGGAGAUUACGAAUGCCAGAUAGAGGCUUUACAUCCUUGGAGGAGAUAAAGGUUUAUUAACGAUUUUAAAGAAUGGAAGUGACAUGAAAGACACAUUUAAAAAUAAUAAUGAAGAGAGAGGUGAUAUUAGUACAGGAAUAAUACAAGGAGAGGGGCGGGGAGUAAUCAUCUCCUGAACUGAUUCAAAUGUGCCCCUACCGCCUCUGAUGGGGAACAGAAGUGUGGGCGGGAUAGGCAGACUUAGGAAAUCACUUGCAAAGCCAAACUGUGUAAUUUUGCAGGAGGAAAGCCAUCAAAACUUAGCAAAGGUUCAGUGGUAUCCCAUGGUUUCCAAUGCCAUUUAUAGAUGAUUGCUAAGUAUCUCUUCAGCCCAGACCUUUACCCUGAACUCCAGAUGUCUGUCCACAUCUUCACUUGGAGGCCUACUGGGCAUCUCACACUUAACGCACCUCAGCAAAGCUUGUCCUACCUCCUUCCCCACCUCUGCCACCAAACCUGCUCCCAUCCCAUCCCCAGUAAGUGGUACCUAGGAGUCUCCCGUGGUUUUUGUCUUACUGAAACCAUGCGGUUAUUAUAGCUUUAUAUUAUACCUGAUUCAGUGGCUGCCCAGUUCUUUUUCAGAGUUUUUUAUUCACCGACGUUUUCUUAAACGUUUCGUAACUUGAGAAUCACCUUAUCAAAUGCCAGAAAAGCCCCUCUUGGGAAUUAGAUAGGUGUUCGAUUUUCUAGAUUAACGUGUGGGAAGGAUUAACAUUUUAAGAAUAAAUUUCUAUCCACAAGACAGUAUGUGUCUCCAUUUAUUCAGUAUAUUUAUGUCCUUCAGUAAGAUAAAGACAUAAAAAUUCUGGCUAAAUGAAGACACAUGUACAUGCGUCAGUUUCCCAUUUAGGCGUUGUAUGUUUUUUGAAGCCCCUAGGAAUAGAUUUUUUAUUUAUUUCUAUUACAUUUCCUUAAAUACUUUUCUUCUGCACCAAUAAU